UCAUUUCAAGACUCCGCUUUUUUCUUCCAUUUUUCUCCCCAAACUCUGUUUUUUCCUCUCCUAUUUCUAAAACCAUUUUUUUUUGUUCUGAAUAUUUAUACACAAGAAGACGCUAUUAAAGCCCAGUGUUUUGAAUCUGCUGCUAUGGAGAUUCCAGAUUUGAAUAUGAUAAGCGAUUUCGAAGCGGGGGUGAAUUGCUUACAGAACCCGUCUUUGAUUUCCCGGUCCCUUGCGGUUUCUGGAAUCGGGAAUAGUUUUUGGAAGUGGGGGGCUUUGAUUCUUGCCGUGGUUGCCACUUUCGGCGGAAUAAUCCGGCGAAUCAAGCUGCUUUUCAUCUAUAUUCGCACCGUUAAGCCCUCUGCGGAGCCGCUGCUUCAGUAUUUGAACGAGGACUUCGAUUUCUCCGAUGAUGAUGACGAGGAUGAGCUGUCGUCUGCUUCCUCGGAAGACGAGGAUAAUGUCCGGCGGUAUCGCCGAACGGUUACGGAUAGGGUGGAUAGAGAUUUUGGGGUUGCGGGGACGAGUUUUUCUUGUUUUCGAGAGCAGGGGCAGAAUGGUAAUUUGAGGAAUCGACGGCGACGGAGCAGCUGCGAGCGGUUUCCGUGGUCGGAUUUCGGAGCCGGCAAGAGUGUGGUGAAGCUUUGGGAUAAUUUAUCUCUGGGCUACGAUUUCGACGAGGAAGUUAGGGUUUGGGAUCUGAACAAAGACCUGAAAUUCGCAAACAUUUUCGGCGGUUCUCCGAUGGCGUCGCCGGCGGUGGUUUUAUCCUCGGAGGUGAGAGAGAACCGAGACGACGUCGUUUUGUCCGCGUACGAUACGCGCAUGAAAGCCCAAGCGCCCGCCAUAUGCGCGGAGUGGAACGCGCCGGCCGCGAAGAUUUCCGGCGUCAAUGCCGGCGGCGUCAAGAAAGUCUACGUCCGAGACAACGCCGCCGGCGUGGUCACGGUCGGCGACAUGCGUAACAUCAAGACGCCGUUAGGGAGCCUGACGGAGACUGACGGCGACACGUGGUGGGACGCUGACGCCGUUAUAACCGAGGACGAGGAAAUGUAAUCGAGUCCAUAUGAGCUGGCCUCGACUGUCAAGUCUGACGGUUGUCGUGUUCUGCCAUCCAACGCACCGUCACAUCCAGAAGGGGACCACUUAACACCGUCAAACGCGAACCAAAGAAACUGUGAAAUUUGAUGGAAACACAGAUGUGUCUCCUUGUCUGUAAAUAUUUAUUUCCGAAAAUAAUAUAUUAAUGACGAUUUAUAUUUAAUUAUUAUUAA